AUGGUUCUUCAGUAUGAUGAAAAUGUUCGCAACCUGCUGUAUCGGAGAUCAUGCCAAUACACGCAGAGCGGACUUGUGGAUGCCUCUGUCCUCGAAGCUGAUCUCGUCGAGAGGGUGAAGAGCUUCGCGAAGCGUUAUCCGAACAGCAGGACAGCCCAGGCUUGCAAGGCUGUGGAGGGAUGCACCCCCGACGCUAUCGCAGAAGCCAUCCGCUCGACAUGUCAGCAGGCACGACGUGAGCUUCUGCAAGAAGCGAUGACUGGAUGGAGUGACGCAUCCAGAGAGUGGUUUAUGCAGCAGAUUGAAGAAGCCAAGAAGGAGAAGGUCGAGACAUACACCGCCUCAGCAGGCAACGAGGUGACUUCCUUCAUCUCCAUGACUCUCCUGGGCAUCUCCUCGGUGUAUGUCAACCAUGAAGAAAAGCUGAAGAAGAAAUUUGAAGAGAUCGGACUGAUCGUAGACUCAGUGCAAGAGAGUAAAGCAAUCAUGUGGAAGGCUCCGUAUAGACCCGAGAUAGCGAGUGCUGAGGAGAUCCCGGUGACUGUUUCCUUCCUCCGCAAUGCACAAGCGGAGAAGCUCUGGCAGGGAAGAGAGGACUUCGCGAUCGAUGGUCGCAAGUUCACAGCUGUACAUGUGAGCAUCGUGCACGAUCGAUCUUUCAAGAUUCGAGCCAAGAGAGGACCCUGGGGCAAAGGGGGCAGCUUGGCAGAGCUGACCCACCUGUUAACCUUGGGCGGCAUGACAACGGCUGAGAUAGCUGCCGUCUAUCGCUAUCAGCUGCUGCGCCAGUCCCUUGCAGCGGUCCAACUCCAGCCGCUGGCAGGCAUGCUGGUCGCUGGGGCGCCAGGACAGCAAGUCCACAAAGGCUUAGGUCAGAAAGGCUUCGUCGCUGUAGGGGCCAACGUCAUCUGGAGACAGAGGGAGGUGGAGUGGAUCGUCUCCUCGAGCUGCCCAGAGGCGAAUGAUACAGCAUUUCGAGCUUUCCGAGAGAGCGAAGCGAUGGAGGGAGUACACCUGACUCUGUUCAGCGAGGACCCGAAGAUCAGAGAGGCGCUCGCAGUCGAGUUGACAGCUGAUCGCUUUGUGUCCAGAAAUAAGUUGAAGAAGGCAUCAAGGAUGCAGAAGAAGGCAGGCGGCAAGGACGGCAAGGAGAUCAAGAUCAUCAUCAAGUCGACGGCGGCAUCUGGUCGCUUCACGAGGAAGGAGAUGGAGGGGCUGUGCAACGGCGGCAACACGUCCAUCGCAAGAGUCAAGAGAGUCCUGUUGGAGAUCGCUAACAGGCUCGAGAUCAACGUUGAAGGCAUCGACAUGGAGGAGGAUUUGAACACCAAGUCCUGGAACGGGUCCAAGCUAUGCAUCCUCCUCGGCUCCACGGAGGAUGCUCGACGCAUGAUGAAGGAGCUGCCCUUCUAUCUCGAAGGCGCAGCAACCAAGCUCGAAGCAGUCGGCUUCGACAAGGAGCCUGAGGCGGCUGGUCAGCGGGGCACCAGCGACGCAGCGCAGCGACAGGAGGAGAGCGAGGGAGAGUGGCUGGAGUUUACAGACCUGGAGAGGAUCACAAUGGAGGCAGCAUCUCCGUCAAGCCAAGAGGACAUGCAGCUCGUCAGCGAGCUGUCAGCAGUCAUCGAAGAUGCAGCUUCUUUGAACGAGGCGGGGACGAGCGAGCCGAUCAAGCUGGUCCUGGACAAGGCCGUUGGCAACCUCCACGACACCUUCUACUCUCCGGGGAGCCUGGAGUUCAUGUCGCUGGGAGAGUGGGCGAAGAUGCCAGAGGAGCAGGGAGUGGGACGCAACGUUCUCAAGGAGAAGCUGGGGAAGUGGCUGCAGAGCAAGCGCUGGACUCGCGUGCAAGGAGAGAGCAAGAAGGCAAGGAGGGGCAGCGCGUUCUCGCCACGGGCAACGGCAGCUGCUGAGCUUGAGCAGGAGGCGGAGAGCGACGACAUAGAGCGUCGAUCUCUUAGCUUCCUGUUCAUAGCACUGAGUAAAUUCGCAGAGAUGCAUGUGCUGGCCUGCUCGCUGAAGGUGGACAAGAAGGACCGACUGCGGUAUGAUGAAAAUGUUCGCAACCUGCUGUAUCGGAGAUCAUGCCAAUACACGCAGAGCGGACUUGUGGAUGCCUCUGUCCUCGAAGCUGAUCUCGUCGAGAGGGUGAAGAGCUUCGCGAAGCGUUAUCCGAACAGCAGGACAGCCCAGGCUUGCAAGGCUGUGGAGGGAUGCACCCCCGACGCUAUCGCAGAAGCCAUCCGCUCGACAUGUCAGCAGGCACGACGUGAGUUUCUGCAAGAAGCGAUGGCUGGAUGGAGUGACGCAUCCAGAGAGUGGUUUAUGCAGCAGAUUGAAGAAGCCAAGAAGGAGAAGGUCGAGACAUACACCGCCUCAGCAGGCAACGAGGUGACUUCCUUCAUCUCCAUGACUCUCCUGGGCAUCUCCUCGGUGUAUGUCAACCAUGAAGAAAAGCGA